GCCACCGUUACGACGCUCGUGCGGCCACGUGACCUCUGGUCAGCGCUGUCACCUCCCUCCGACUCCUCCCUCUACCCGGGUUAGGUUGGUUUCCGCGUGACCGACUGAGGGAGACAGAGAGAGAGAGAAAGAGAGAGACAGAGAGAGACAGAGAGAGAGAAAAGAGGAGGGGAGGAGGAGGAGCAUUCAGGGAAUAGGAGCUGGCGAGCUCUUCGGCGCCACAGGCUUCAUUCAGGCUGUGGAGGCACGGUGUUCUCUGUACUUCUUCACUCUUGGUUCCGGUACAAAUGGAAUUCUCCAGCCUUGUUUCAGGUGACUGUUUUUCUAGCAGCUCAGUUGAGGGAGAACUCAGCUGACUGCUCUUCAAUUCCCACUUGCCAGCCAUGGCUUGCAUUUGUUGAAAACUGCUGUACUGAGCUGAAGUCGUGGAUGAACUCUAAGAGCAUGUAUUUCUAGCUAUCAAAUAGACUUUAGGAGUGGUGAGCGAUCUCUUGGAAGGAGUUACGUUUCUUGUUGGCAUCCAGUUCCCAGAAUGUAUCAGCCAUUAUCUGAAACAAGACACCCCCUGCAGCCAGAAGAACAAGAAGUAGGGAUUGACCCCUUGUCCAUUUUCUCGAAUAAGUCUGGAGGAGAUUCAAAUAAGAAUGGAAGAAAUGCAGGUUCUGCCUUGGACUCUGAGGGGACUUUCAAUUCAUAUAGGCAAGAAUGGGAAGAACUAUUUGUAAACAACAAUUACUUGGCAACAGUAAGGCAGAAGGGGAUUAAUGGGCAGCUGAGAAGCAGCAGGUUCCGUAGCAUUUGCUGGAAGCUCUUUCUUUGUGUUCUUCCUCAAGAUAAAACCCAGUGGAUAAGUAGAAUUAAAGAAUUAAGAGAAUGGUAUAGCAACAUUAAAGAAAUACACAUCACAAAUCCAAGGAAGGUUGUUGGCCAACAGGAUUUGAUGAUCAACAAUCCCCUUUCACAGGAUGAAGGGAGUCUGUGGAACAAGUUUUUUCAAGAUAAAGAACUGCGCUCAAUGAUUGAACAGGAUGUGAAAAGAACGUUUCCUGAAAUGCAAUUUUUCCAACAAGAAAAUGUGAGAAAAAUCCUUACAGAUGUUCUUUUCUGUUAUGCGAGAGAAAAUGAGCAGUUGCUUUAUAAACAGGGGAUGCAUGAGCUGCUAGCACCCAUCGUCUUCACCCUCCACUGUGACCACCAAGCUUUUCUCCACGCCAGCGAGUCUGCACAGCCCAGUGAGGAAAUGAAAACGCUCUUGAACCCUGACUAUCUGGAACAUGAUGCCUAUGCAAUGUUCUCACAGCUUAUGGAAACUGCUGAACCUUGGUUUUCUACUUUUGAGCAUGAUGGUCAAAAGGGGAAAGAAACUCUGAUGACUCCCAUCCCCUUUGCUAGACCGCAGGACUUAGGGCCCACAAUUGCCAUUGUUACUAAGGUGAACCAGAUCCAGGACCAUCUAUUGAAGAAGCAUGACAUUGAGCUUUAUAUGCACUUGAACAGACUGGAGAUUGCACCACAAAUAUAUGGGUUACGGUGGGUGCGGCUGCUGUUUGGACGAGAGUUCCCUCUGCAGGAUCUUCUGGUGGUCUGGGAUGCCUUGUUUGCUGAUGGCCUCAGCCUCAGCUUAGUGGACUAUGUCUUUUUAGCCAUGUUGCUGUACAUCCGAGAUGCCUUGAUUUCUAGUAACUACCAGACCUGUCUCGGCCUUCUGAUGCAUUAUCCACUCAUUGGGGACGUGCACUCACUGAUUCUUAAAGCUCUGUUCCUUAGAGACCCAAAGAGAAAUCCAAGGCCAGUGACGUAUCAGUUCCAUCCCAAUUUAGAUUAUUACAAAGCACGAGGAGCAGACUUUAUGAAUAAAAGCCGGAUCAAUGCUAAAGGCGCUCCCCUGAAUAUAAAUAAGGUCUCCAACAGCCUGCUUAACUUUGGAAGAAAGCUCAUUUCCCCAGCAAUGGCGCCAGGCAGUGUUGGUGGCCCUAUGCCUGGGGGCCACAGUGGCAGCUUAUCUUCUGCUAUGUCCUCCACCAGACCCUCCAUAGAAACCCCAAGGCUUCAUUUACAGCAGCAGCAGCAGCAGCAGCAGAGGCUAAUGAAAUCUGAAAGCAUGCCAGUGCAAUUGAACAAAGGCGAUGUAGUUACAGGAAGCGAUGCUCAGGUUUCUGUUCCUGUCCAGACUCUAACUGACCUCCAAGGACAAAGUUCUAAAACCAUCUGUUCAUCUCCAAGCACUGAGAGCUUGUCUGGGGGCAGAGAGUCUACCGGCUCCCCACCUUUAUCUGCUACUAAGAAAGACUCCUUUUUCAGCAACAUCUCCCGUUCCCGCUCACACAGCAAAACUAUGGGCAGAAAAGAGUCUGAAGAAGAACUAGAAGCACAAAUCUCCUUCCUCCAAGGACAGUUGAAUGACCUGGAUGCCAUGUGCAAGUACUGUGCCAAGGCAAUGGACACUCAUCUGGUAAAUAUUCAAGAUGUAAUAUUACAAGAAAAUUUGGAAAAAGAAGAUCAAAUUCUGGUUUCCUUGGCAGGAUUAAAGCAGAUCAAAGACAUUCUGAAAGGUUCCCUGCGCUUCAACCAGAGCCAGCUGGAGGCAGAGGAGAAUGAGCAGAUUACAAUUGCCGAUGACCACUACUGCUCCAGUGGCCAGGACCGGAGCAGCCACGUUCCUGGGGACAGCAGACAGGCCUCUUCGGAAGUGCCUGGACGCACAGGCAGAGCAGGUUCAGAGGACUUCAUUCUGGUGCCCAAAGAAGAGGAGGGGGGAAGUGCCCGAGGGUGCUUCUCCAGUCAAGCCCAGCCUCUUCGCUCCCUCAGAAGCAACUCUGGCAAAAGCUGGGGCUCAACCUGCUCCCCACUGGUCUUCUCAGACCCCCUGAUGGCUCCAGCCUCAGCUUCCUCCAGCAACCCCAGCUCCAGCCCUGAUGAUGACAGCAGCAGGGACGCUGGCUUCACCAUCGUGAGCCCCCUUGACAUCUGACCACAGGGGCCAUGCUCCUCAGUGGCCCAAGUCCCAUUGAGACAGUGCUUCUUUCCCAGCAUGCAUUUGGUGUUGGCACAGCUAUUGGAACCCUUUAGAAAGAGGCAAAUAUGUCCACAAUGCACUAUGUUCCCCCCAAAGGCAGAUAUAGCUUUCCGAGCCAAUACCUGACCUCGUCCACCCUUGCUCUAUAAGAGAGCCAGGUCAGGCCCUCCACCACUCAACCCCAAGACCAACGUGGUCAGAACCACUUUCCAUGAGGAGAACUGGUUCAGAUCUUCCCUCAAAGCUUCAGCCACAGGGACGCAGGUUGACAUCCGAAAGCGUACUCUGAAAAUCUCAGCAACUUAAUUUCCAGUGCCGGGAGCAAUAGAAUGAGCAGAGCAAGGGGCUGCGAGGGUAUGGAGCCCCCAUGAUCUUUACCAACAGGGUCUAAAUUUAAGAUUCAGAUUCUGGUCCAAUGUGAAUACAUUUCCAGUCCUCAGGCUGAAUAAACUUCAGCUACCACUGUUCUUCCUUGAACAAGUAUAUUUCACGUUCUAGAAUCUUCCAUAGCUGCAAAACAAGGCUGCUUGAAGUCAAGUCUUUGCUGCACCGAUUUUCAAAGGUGCAAGAAAAUAGCCAUCCUUUAUUUGAAAAAGUGACUACAACUUCAGGCAGUCUGUUUUCUGAUUGGUUUAUUCUAGUUUCAGAACUGCACUUACCUAUCAACUGAGGAGUACAGGGGCUCUAGCUCAGUGCUGUCUAAUGACAAGGAGCUCAGCCUGGAAUCCUGGAGUAGGCUUCCUAGAGAACAUUUCCAUUUCCAGGAGCCUUCCCAACCGCUCCCCCCUGGGAGAAGCAGGGCCUCUGCUCAGCGGUAAGCUCCGUGCCUUGCAUGCCACUGUCAGGACCGGGUCUGCCCACCACAGGCCCCUGCUCCUCUAGCACAGGUGAGACUCCCCUUCUAGAGUGGCAGCAUAUGCCACCAUGAAAGAUAUCAAGUGUCCUGUGACCAUUUUAUUCCAAGGAAAGGGGCAGAACACUGCUCCCCAUGCCAGAGCAGGCACGCUGCUGGUGACAGCAGGACUACAGCCAGACAGAGGGCCUAUUCUGCCACCCUCUGGGCACAGUGUCUCUCCACUGCUAGCUCUGCAGUUCUCUGUAGACGUAUGUGCUAAUGGCCUGACACCCAGUCCAUGUCCUAGAAAAUGAGGCAACUUCACUCACUCUGCAUUGACACGCUUUCCGCUGCAGAGAGGUCUCCUCUCGGCACAGCGCCAGGUACAGCCGAGUUAGAAGCCUUCCAGAAUGGCCAAUGUACUCCAUCGCUCUCUGCAGAGGCAGCUGCUGUACACGGCCCUUGACUUUUUUUAAGGCCACAGAACAAGGAGCUUUCCCCAAGUCUCCUCAGUCCUCAAGUAGAUGGAUGGCUUGUUCCUCCAGGCCCUGGAACAAGACUGGCUGUGCUCUCUCAUCACUGGGCCACUGCCAUCUGCUCACCCUUGACAGCCGGAGCCAUAGCUGAGUGUCACUGGCCACCCACCAGGCUGAAAAGGCUCAAGGUCGUUUCCUGCCAUUGAUCAGCCAUUCAUAAAGGCCCCUAAACUGCCAGCCCUACCUGUCUGCUAGGUGUGGGUCACCUCAUGCUAUGCUUGGGUUGGUGUCACAAUGAGAGUCCAGGGCCUCACCGAGGGACAUUGUUUCUGUGGUUCCUACAAGGCCGCUCCCUCCUCAGGAACAAGACCCAAGAGGACAGUACAGCGCACACUCAGCCUCCCCAUCCAAGUCUCUCAGCUGCAUCCUUUCAAAGCGAUGCUCUCUCUUCCUUGUUGAGCAUUGCUUGGGUUUUAAAUAGUUGCAGUCCUAUUAAGGAAUGUGUUCCUUUUUAUUUUAUCAGGUACUUAUGUUUAAUUGCACAAUUUUUUUAAAUCCUUGAUAUGAAAUUUUUUUCUUUAACCAUGUGGUAAUCAGAAAUCCCCCACAUUUGAUUAUUAGCUAUUAAAUACAUUUUAUAUAUGCUAAGCUUAGAUUAACCCCUGUUGUCACCGAAGUUUUUAUACAUAUCUGUGUGUCAUGCAUUCCACAAUGAUCAGACUGGAAAUGGGACAUAGACUUUCCUUUGUUACAUGGGAGAGUCCACCUUGUCCUGUGCUCAUGCUGAGGGUCAGGGGCCUUGAGUUUGUCUGGCAAAGAUGACCUUCUGCUGAUGUUCACACUAACUGAUUUGGACAGAUAUCACACCUCAGGAUAAGUGCCUCCGAGUCAGACACCGCUGUGAUCGGCCUCCCCUCGUAGGCCAGCACUGACUCACGGCACAGGGCUGAGGCUGCCCUGGACAGAAGCGCCAGUGGUUAGAAAUGCAAACAAGUGAGAACUGACCCCCAGUCUGCAGCCUUAGCUUGUGUCACUGACACAGACAUGUGGACAGAAACUGAAAGUUCAGGCAGCCAGGCUUGGUGGCCCUGUGAGGGUCAAGACUGUGACAACAAGGCAUUGUUUAUCUGGAGUUGGGGCCCUCAGCAAUGUCACUGUGACCUGUAAUCCUCAUCUCAUGCUGUAAUGCAUACUGGCGCAGAAAAACACCCAUCCCUUGGGCACAGCAAUCCUAUCCAGUGUGGCCGUAAUAAAGGACUAACACGAA